AUAAAAAUUUAAUUAACAUAAAGAGCACAAAAAAUUAAUAUUUACAUUUUUUAUAAAUUGUACAUUUAAAUUUACAAUGAGAUAUUUCCAAAAUAUCGACUAGAAGUUUUUAGUCGAUAUUUAACAAUUUUUAGUGCAUGUUAACUAUUUCAUAAAUUAGUUAGAUAUCUUAAACUUUUAUUAAAUAAAUGUGUUAAUCAUAUGUGAUAAGUAAUUUUAUACUUUAAACAGUUAUAAUAAGCAACAGUUAUAUACUAACAUUUUUACGAUGCUUAUAUACUUCAAUUUAAUUAUUACUUUUAAUAUAUAAUGUUAAUUAAAAAUAAAAUAUAAUCAUGCAUAGCAUGGACAAUAAAAUUUAUAUAUUCUCUGUGAUAUACACAAUUGAAUUUCAAAUAAUUCUAUAAAUAAAUAUUAAUAAAAAUAAAAAUAAAUAUACAUAUAUAAUUUUUAGUCUAUAUAUGUUUGCAAAUAUAUCAAAAAAACGUUGAAUAUAUAUAUAUAUAUAUAUAUAUAUAUAUAUAUAUAUAUAUAUAUAUAUAUAUAUAUAUAUAUAUAUAUGUUUGUAAACAUAUAAAAAAAUCAAAAUAUAUGUUUGUAACGUUUUAGGCAAGCACAUAGACUAUAAAUAUUUGUAGAAUAUUUUUGUGACCAAAUAUACAUGUUUUACGAAGUUAGAGUAUUUUAAAUAUUUUUUAACUGAAAUUUCCUAAAUUUUCGCAAAAAUCAAGUUUUCUUAUCGGUAGAAACUAGAAAGCACUUUUUACACUGCGUAGAACGAUGAAAAAAAUCUAAUAAGCAAAUUCUACCUCAUGUAACAUCAAAUUAAUGUCUAGAUUUCAAUACGUAAUAAAAGUAGAAGUUGCAUUCGACAAAAAUGUAGUUAUCUUUACAAUUAGUAUAAUUCACAUUCUCCCUAUUUAGAAUUUUAAGUAAUAGUAGAUUAUUCGUUCUAAAAAAAAUAGACGAACUUGUUUAAUCUGGAAUUCACUUUCAAUUUAUAAUUUUAUAUAGUUUAAGAAUUUUGAAAUCUUUCCUCAAAUAGUAUAAAUAUGAAAAAUUAUAAUUAUAUUUUACUAUUUUUAAAAUGUUAAAUUUCCAAAAGUGAUUAUUUCAAUAUAAAAUAGAAUUCAGCAUCAAAUAAGGCAAACUAAUAAAUAAAUCAUUAAAACGAAAAUGACUCAAUAUAUAUAUAUAUAUAUACUAAAUACUUGGAAAUUUAACAAAAAAGUAACUUAAAUAAAAUAAAAUAUACAGAAUACAGGAUUUUUAACUUGCAAAAACACAAAAUAAAAUAUACUAUUCAAAAUAAAAUUUCAAAAAGUGUAUUUUCAAAAUAAAUUAGAAAUUAAAAUCAAAUGUAUAUUCUUUUAUAAUAUCCAAAUCAAAGAAAUAUAGGGUUAGAAGUGAAUGAAGAAUAACAAUGAAUGAAAACGAAAAACAUCCGCGAUGGAAAUUAAAUCAUACAAGUUGAAGACAAAAUCCGAUAGAAAAAAAAUGUAUCACACCAGAAAAUACCAAAUAUACUAGAAAAUAAUUCCAAACUACAUGAUCAGUUAUUCUAAUCAUUAGUCUGAUUCACCUAAUAUAACAUAUAAAAUUUAAGAAGUUCUUUGUUGAGUUUUGUCGAAGAAAAUAUUUAGAGAACAAUGUUUAUAACAUAAAUUAAAAAUAAAGAGCCUAAGAAAGCAUGUCAUAUAAGUUAGUUAAGAUUUUAAAUAAAAUUUAUAACAAAGACUAACAAUAAUUAGCAUGAAAGAUAACAUAAAAGAAUAAUAGAAGAAACAAUCAAUAUGAAUUAUCAAUAUAAAUAUACUAUCUAAGUAUUAUAAUCAACAAACUAAAAACAUAAAAAAUUACAAAUUUUGAACAUUUAGAAAAAAGUCUCAUGAUUACAAUUAAUACGCUAUCUAACACUUUUGUUAUCUUAUCGUCAGCAUUUAGCAACUAGAAAAAAAUUAUCAAAAUUAUGUAAUAGAUUUCAAAAGAUCUUAAAAAUAUUCAUGUAAACUCCAAAACAAAUAAAUAUUAACUAUUAUGCCAAAAAAUAAAUUAUAAUAUCAUGUAAUACAUUAUAAAAUCAUACAAUUUUAACUACAAUACAAAUAAUUUACUGAAUCAAGUAGAAGAUAAAUCUAAUGCUUUAGAUUCUCAAUAUUAUUAAUUCAAUAAAUAAAAAUGUUAUAUAACAUUAUUUAAAUUCAUUAUAUUUACUUUACUUUUUAUAUUAUCUUAGAAAUUCUAUUUAAUAUUAACUAAAGUUCAUCAAAAUAUUUAUAGUGAUUAAAUUUUAAAUCUAAAUAUUAUAUUAUCACACAUAUAUAUAACAAUUACACAUUAAUUGUAAAGUUUUUCUGAUUAUAAAGCAAAAUUAGAUACUAUGCAGAGGGGGUCCUUAUGCAGAUAACUCAAUCGUUUAUGUUAUUCAAAUUAAAUAUAUGUAAAAAAUGUAUGAUAAAAUAUUAUAAUGUAUUAACAGUUUACAUGCAUCAAGCAAUUUAUAUAAUAUUUAAAAAAAAAACAAGUUAGUUUAAAAAAAUUAGGAAUAUGUUUAUAAACAUAAUUAUUACAUUUAUAAAUACAAAUAACUAAAUAGUUGAUAAGAUGGUAUAGUUAUACAUAAACAUAAAUAAUAAAAUCCGCAAAUCAUAUUUCAAAAAAAAGAAAUUAUAUAAAUAAAUUAAAUAAUUAGUUUAAAAGUUAUUAUAAAACUAGUCGCGGAUAAAAUCCAGUAAUUACCAAAACUGGACUGGAUUUAACUACUUUCCAAAUCAUGUAAGGGCUUAGUUGAGUUUUUAAAUCUAAGCUCUAUUUAGGAAAGUAUCGAUCCUAACAAAUUAAUACAUUAACAAAUGUAAUCUAGUAAAAUAUACGAAAAUAUUCAUCUAUUUCUUAUAUUUUGAAAUAUUUCCUGAAAUCGUAUAAUAAAGGCCUGAUGACGUGACAGCACACGCAUCUAGAUUAUUAACCGUCCGAUUAUAAAUAUACGAUCGAUACAUCCAAAGCUCAAACAGUGAAAGCGUUUAGGGCACGACGGGUACAUGAUAUAAACAUACACACUCGAGGACGAUAACAAGAAAAAGAUUCUCUCUCUCGCAACAAGAAGCUCAAUGGCUCCGACGAUAAGAACCGUCGCAACUUACAACACUCACCAAGAACACACCGUUGAUUUCUUCGGAAACGAGUUCACCGUCACCGUAACUCGCUCUUCCUCCGUCAUCACCCGAUGGAUCAACAACGUCCAAUACUACAACCGCUACUCCUCUCACCCUCUCGUCAUCGGAGUCGGCGUUCAGUGGACACCGAUUUAUCUAUGUGAUAACUGUUACUACGCCGAUCCUUACUACAACGCAGACCCGGAGGCAGACACUCUCCAGCUAUGCGUGGGCACACGGUGCCUCGUCAUCCAGCUGUCUCACUGCGACGAUGUCCCCGACGAGCUACGCAGUUUUCUCACGGAUCCGCGAACGUUUUACGUCGGUUUCUGGAACGGUCAAGACGCGGGGAAGCUGGCGAGGUCGAGACAUGGGCUUGAGAUCGAGGAGCUUCUUGAUUUGAGGAACUAUGUUCAAGAUUCGGUAGGGUUUGGGAUGAGUCGGUGUUCGUUUGAGGAGAUGGUUGAGGAGUGUAUGGGGUAUCGAGGGGUGAGGCUUGAUCGUGGGAUUAGCAUGAGUGAUUGGAGUGCGUAUGAGCUUGACCAUGAGCAGAUUCUUCAGGCUUCGGUGGAUGCUUAUGUUUGCUUUAAGCUUGGUGUCUUGGUUCGUCUAUGGGAGUACUAUGACUAGAUGUUUAUGUUUUCUUUCAGCUUGGUGUUGUUUUGGUUUUGUCUAUGGUUUCAUAUAACAAUGUUUGCAAUGAUCCUUGUGGAUGCUAAAUUGCUAACGCAAUGUGAUUUAUUAGAGAUUGUUUUAAAAAUGGUUUUGUCAACUAACUUCAAAUAUAAUAUGGUAGAUAGAAUGUGUUAAUAUUAUUAACGAAGAAAUCGUUUUUGAGUA